AUGGUAUUUCAAGCACCCGGUGGGUUAAGAAGCGCAGCUAAGAGAAAGAACACUGCUGACAAGAAGGCUCAACAAGCCAAUGCUACUCCUGCUUCCACCAGAGCUGCUGGAGCUGGUGGUUCUUCUUCUACAAUGUUGAAGUUAUUCACUGAUGAAGCUCAAGGAUUGAGAGUUGAUCCUUUGGUGGUAUUGAUUUUGGCUGUUGGGUUUAUUUUCUCUGUAAUCAUCUUGCACGUGUUGGCCAAGUUGACUGGUAAGUUCAUUAGUUAA